ACCACACUCUGGCAACUCCAGUCCUCUCGCAAAUAUCGCGAGAGUUGUUGUAUUCGCGCUGACAGUGCAGUGAAACAAGUUUCCAUCCUGAUGAUUAGCAAUUUCAUAACCGUGGGUGAAUUUACAGUGAAGUAGAAAAUGGCCUCAUAUUUUGAUGAGCAUGACUGUGAGCCCACGAAUCCAGAAGAACAGUACCGACAGAACGCCCUGCUGGAGCUUGCCAGGUCUCUGAUGCAGGGUCUUGACAUAGACUCGGGUUCAUUUGAUUUGUCGGAUUGGGACCAGCGUCUCCCGCCUCCUGCAGCCAAAGCCGUGGUUCAGAGUCUUCCUGUGGUCAUCAUCUCCCCUGAACAAGCAGAUAAAGCACUGAAGUGUCCGGUGUGUUUACUGGAGUUUGAGGAGCAAGAGACUGUGAGAGAGAUGCCCUGUAAACAUCUGUUCCACACGGGAUGCAUCAUGCCUUGGCUCAGUAAGACCAAUUCAUGUCCCUUGUGUCGACUUGAACUACCCACUGACAAUCCAGACUAUGAGGAGUUCAAAAAAGACAAGGAACGGAGAAGGCAAAGAGAACACAGACUAGAGGAUCUACAUGGAGCCAUGUACACAUGACCUCAGCACCUUCAAGACUUGAAUAUGAAUUCAACUUUCAGUUUGUUGGAAGUGAGUUUACUGCACGGGGACCAUGCUUUGAAAUGAUUGCUUUUGUGUGUACUUGAAAACAAGGUUUUUAAUGUUAUCACUUUGAAGACUGCUUUGUAUGGCUAUGCACUGAGAACUGUUUGAAUGGAACUGUAACGUAGCCUUAUAGACAUUCUGAUUUCAUUAAAUGUUUUAAAUAAAGCAGUUGCUUUUU